AUGAUCACAGACAACACUGGACUCAUCGCUGCCAAGAUCCACAGAACACACUGGGACCAGGCUCAGAGGGAAGUCCGGAGACUCCUGUGGUUUCAACUAAAUGGACUAAUAAAACGUGCGUGGGACGUCAGCAUUAAGGACAGGACAGGGCGAGACUGGAGAGGACGAGACUGGAGUGGGGUGAGACUGGACAGGAUGAAUGUUUCCACUAAGGACCAUGGGGCUCUUCACAUGAAAGAAAACAGAACGUCUGCUAAAACCACGGGCCCCCAGUGUCAGAAGAGCCGAGAGAGGACUGUGCUGGGGGUCCUGAACCAGAACGAGCUGCAUAGCAGCCAGUUCUCCAGACUCAGCUCCUUAAGUGACAGUUCCCAGAGGGUCUUCUUGGGCUGCAGCUCCAGCUCCGGGUAUGACGUGUUUGUGGAGGAGGCCUGCGAGGUGGUCCUGGCCGCCUCGGGGCAGGAGGUGGUGUCCGACGGCUGUUACCAUGACGACCAGACGGAAGCGCUGAAACACGAAGACGCACGGCUUUUACUGGAGCUGACCUCAAGCUCGUGUCUGGAUGUGUCCAUGCAGUCGGAACACAACCAGUCUCUGACGUCUGGAGCUCAGAGUCUGUGGGAGUAUUCUGAGGAAAUCUACUGCCACCUGAGGCAGAACGAGGUGCAGCUGCGUCCUCGGUGUGGGUACUUGGACAAACACCCGGAGCUCUCUGGUGCGAUGCGUCAGGUCUUGGUGGAUUGGCUCGUGGAGGUGGCGCUCGAGUACGGACUCCUCUCUGAGACCCUGUUCCUCGCCGUGAACUACCUGGACCGCUUCCUGUCCGAGACGGCGUUUGUGAAAAGGGGGAAGCUGCAGCUGGUCGGCAUGGCAGCGCUGAUGGUCGCCGCCAAAUACGAGGAGAUCCACCCUCCGGAGCUCAACGAGUUUGUGUACAUCACAGACAGCACGUACACUCGCCGACAGCUCAUCCGCAUGGAACACGUGCUUCUCAAGGUUCUGGCUUUCAAGAUGGCCGCCGCCACCGCAAAACAGUUUCUCCGACAGUUCCUGGUCGUGAAUCCGGCCCCGGUCCCCACCGAGAACCUGGCAAUGUAUUUGUGUGAACUGAGUCUGUUGGAGAUGGACCCCUUCCUACAGCACAAACCGUCUAUAAUCGCGGCUUCAGCUUUUUGUUUGGCUAAUUACACUGUGUCCGGGUCGCUGUGGCCGAGUGCCCUGAGAGCGUUCACCAGUUACACUGUGGCUGAAUUAGAAGAAUGCCUCAUGGACCUCCAUAAACUGUACGUGAAGGCAGAGACCCUCCCUCACCAGGCCAUACGGGACAAGUACAGGAGCUCCAGGUACAGCCGUGUGUCACUUCUCACCGCUCCUGCUAAACUGCCUCUUCACUGA